ACUGAUAUUUGUGGUGAAUUUUUAUCUGGUGGCAGUAGCUUUCCGAAACACAAACGUAUUCAUACAGGAGAGAAACCAUAUACCUGUGAUAUCUGUGGUAAAUCAUUCUCUCAAAGCGAUAGCGUAACUCAACACACACGUAUCCAUACAGGAGAGAAACCAUAUACCUGUGAUAUCUGUGGAAGAUCAUUCUCUCAUAGCGGUAGCUUAACUAAGCACAAACGUAUUCAUACAGGUGAGAAGCCAUUCCACUGUGAUAUCUGUGAUAAAUCAUUCUCUGAAAGUAGUAACUUAACAGACCACAAACAUAUUCAUACAAUGGAGAAACCAUAUUACUGUAGUAUCUGUGGUAAAUCAUUCUCUGAUAAUAGUAGCUUAACGAAACACAAAUGUAUUCAUACAGGGGAGAAACCAUAUCACUGUGAUAUCUGUGGUAAAACAUUCUCUGUUCGCAGUAGCUUAACUCAACACACACGUAUUCAUACUGGUGAGAAACCAUAUCACUGUGAUAUCUGUGGUAAAUCAUUCUCUGUUGGCAGUAGCUUAACGAAACACAAACGUAUUCAUACUGGUGAGAAACCAUAUUCCUGUGAUAUCUGUGGUAAAUCAUUCGCUCAAAACACUGCCCUAACUACACACAAACGGGUUCAUACAGGGGAAAAACCUUAUCGUUGUGAUAUCUGUGGUGAAUCAUUCUCAAAUGGCAGUAACUUAAAUGAACACAGACGUACUCAUACAGGUUAGAAAAUCAUAAUUUAACUAAACACAAGCAUAUACAUAUUGAAAUCAUUGCUGAAUUAAACAAAAGUGCAUUCCUUAUCAAUUGGAUUCGUAACACAGUAAUAUUUUUUUCUCUACAAUCAUCAA